UCGCUCCCGCUUUGGUGGAAAAUUUCGCAUCGUUUGACUUAGUUUUUCUAGAAAUAUCGUGUACAGUAGAUCGAUGAUCGAUUCUGAACAGGGAAAAUAGGUGAAAAAUUGUGAAACUUUGUUGACCAAACAAAACCUGCAAUUUUGAGUGCAGGAAACCGAAAAGGACUCUGGUACAGAUGACGGACACACGGAAAUUUAGCGCUGGAUGGAAACUCGAUGUAGAUGACAAAGCUUGCUACAUCGACAUUGAGCGUGACGAGGACGAGGAAGACCACGACGGCACCAAUGGCAACGGAACGGAACACAAGGGUCGAAACGGCGCCGGAGAUGAGCUUGCUAACGGCCAGUCACAGUGGUGUGAUUUACCGGAUCACAUCAUGGAGCGUAUCUUUGCACACCUGAGCAUCCGAGAACGGUACUACGCUAGUUUGACCUGUUUCAGCUGGUACCAAGCUUUCUCGCUGCCGAACGUGUGGUCUAAUUUUAUAGUAGAGGACGAGACACUCUCCCGGCUCAAGUACAACUACUACUCCGGUUGGCAACCGGUGUUAGAUCAUGCCCGCACACAGAAUUGCCUGCUCUCCGUGGGGAAACUGUUUCGUGGGCUGGAUUUCCGUCCGGUUUUCACGUUCAACAAUAUGUUCCAAUUUAUGUCGCUGAUCUCGUGGGCCAUCGAGCAAAACCAGAAGACCAAAGUCCCCAGGGAAUGGCAAGGCUGUGGAUUGAAAAUAAAAUCUCUAAAUUACAUCUUCCCCUGCAACAUGGCCUCCAGCGAGGAUCCGGAAUCGGUGAAACUGUUCGGCACUGGUGGGCAGCUGUUGGCUUCGCUGAAGAGAUUAAUGCACAAUUUGCCCAACUUGCAAACACUGAAGCUGAUCGAUUUGAUGCUGGAACGAUACGAGGCAAAUCACCUCCUCGACGAGGUACUGGACGCGUGCUGUUUGGUGCUCAAGCGGCUGCACCUGAUCAACGUGACCAUGGUGCACUGCCCGGUGAUGCACGCCGCACUGUUCCUCAAUCUACAGGUUCUGGUUAUAUCGCCGCAAAACAUCGACGACGACGUCUUGACGCUGCUGGCCGAUUCGAAGGUACGGCACAUGUACCUGCUGCAGAACCGAUACACACCGGCGGCCAUUUCGAUUGCACCGUGCUCCGCCAAAGGCUGGCGGAUGGUGCGCCGUGAUAAUCCAAAUUUACGGGUCCAUCUACGCGUCGAGUCAACAAGUGCCGGCGAAAUGCUGCUCCAACCGGAGGCUCCGGUCCACAGCAUGAUUUAUCAGUCGCCUAAAACAAUGAUUACUUCGGAUAAGCUGCUGGCUGCAGUUGAUGCUUACAAAUUUACACUGGCCGUGUAUGGGCACGAGAUGCUGCCGGAUUUCGUCUCUGCUGUCGAGUUUGAGGAGCGAAUCGAUAGUUUAAUGGUUUUGAUGACGAGGUCAUGUCCAGAGCUAAGCGUGUUGAUGAUCCGCGAACACAUCUCAACUGCCACGCUUCUUAUCAUUGCUCGAACAGCGCAAAACCUUCGACAAUUGUACGUUCGUCGCAAUCAGCUGAUAGUGGAAUGCGAUUGGCCCAGGAACCCCGACUGGUCCGAUGAUUUUUUCCAAUGGCUUCAAGUUGCAUCACAGUCCAUCGAAUCCACCGAGAAGGAAAUCUCCCAAAUUCUACAAAUCGACUGGAAAACCCUCAGCGAUGAACAUUUUCAGAUGACCUCCCUAACUAAACACGUGGAUUAUUGAAAUAAAUUUACCUUUAUUAUUAGAUAUAAAAAAACCUCACAGGAAAAUACUAGGUACAAUAAAAUCUACCCAUAGAGAUGAAGCAUCAA